AAAAAAAGAUUUAUUUCCUGUAUGUAGGUAUACUAUCCCUGUCCUCAGUCACACCAGAAGAUGGCAUUGGAUCCCAUUACAGAUGGUUGUGAGCCACCAUGUGAUUGCUGGGAAUUGAACUCAAGACCUCUGGAAGAGCAGUCAGUGCUCUUAACCGCUGAGCCAUCUCUGCAGCCUCUGGGCUUCCUAUUUUUAAACACAAACUGCAAAAAAGACCCAGAAAACAUUGUGGAGUUGAUGGAACGUUUUACAUAUGGCUAGGGUAUUGGGAAGACACUUGUAACAGAAAGAGGAAACAAAACAAAAACCAGGGCAAGGAAGUGUCGGGUGUGGAGGUAGCCUUUUCUGACCUCUCCUCCUGCUAUCUUCCUGGUGGGUCCCCUAGGUGAUGAAGGCCUGGGUACUUCAUGAAGUCUUUUGAAGUAGGGAUCACUCAAAAUGGUGUCCCUCUUGUAUGGGUAACCUUUGUUAGACCACUACCCUUGGUCUCCUGAGCAGUGCUCUGACCUCAGAUGCCUGUCUGCAGUUCAGUAAGGUUUUAGACAUCCUGGACACGUCUGAAGACUCUGCCGUUUUUCUUAGCCCACUGUACCUGCUUUGGUUCUGGACCCAAAUAACACCCAGUCUUUUAGGGACCCAGUUCAUUUGGUAUCCUGCUACUACAUUCCUUGCCAGUAAACACGCUCAGGUUUCUCUGCCUCACCAAACAUAAAACCUGCUGCCAGCUGGGCUGGUGCCAGCUAAAGCACCCAGGCAGAGGGCAUGGUAUGCAUGUGCAAGCCAGGGGGCCAUUGGAGGAUGUGGACACCAGAGCCUGAGCUGCAUGGGUGGGAGAGGCACCAGAGAAGGGAGGUGUAGGACAGGCGCCACCAAGCAAGCAUCCAUGAAUCUAGGCCAGAAAAGGGUAUCUGCAAGGUCAUAAGGAAGCCUUGGGCCUGGACGCUAAGGCCGCAGUAUCCAGCAGCUGAGCAGUAGGACUAGACGUACCAGCAAUGACCAGCUCUCCUGUCUCUAGAGUUGUCUACAACGGGAAGAGGAAUAGCAGUCCCCGCUCUCCCACCAACAGCAGUGAGAUCUUCACACCAGCGCAUGAAGAGAAUGUGCGCUUCAUUUAUGAAGCCUGGCAGGGUGUUGAGCGAGACCUGCGCAGCCAGCUGUCCAGUGGGGAGCGGUGCCUAGUGGAGGAAUAUGUGGAGAAAGUUCCCAACCCCAGCCUGAAGACCUUCAAGCCCAUCGACCUGAGCGACCUGAAGCGCCGGAACACGCAGGAUGCCAAGAAGUCCUAGAGUGCCUGGCGCCCCUCCCCUGGCCUCCAGAAGAUCAGGGUGCACUUGAUGUUGGUUUCCUCUGUUCCUGUGGCGCUGCUCCUGGGAGGGGGGGAGGAGAGUGAGCUCUAGCAGGCCGUAAUCCCCAGAGCCAGCAGGAUUGAUGAUCAAGGCCCUACCUGUCCUCUCCAGGGUCUCAAGUUGCCCCUGUCACUGGGGGAAUAGGAGUCUGACUGUAUCAGCCCUGUCCUUUUCUCCUGGCCAGCUGCAUCUUGGGUAGCACCUGGCCCUACCUACCCAGCCCUCUCUGCUGUUACCUGCCAUGCCUCGCCACUCUCCUUCCUGGCUACUUAAGGUCAGGAAGGAAAAAAGGGGACCUCUGUUUCUUCGGCUGUGGAACCUUGAAGUGACCAGAAAGUAGGACAUGUGCAGUCCCACCUGCAUCCAGUGUGGCUCUCUCCAUGGAGACUUGCUGUUCUUCUGCCCUGGACAUUUGGGGAGCUCCCCCUUCCAUCCCCACUGUCCAUCCUGACCCUUCCUUGCCCCAGUUUCAGAGUCGAAUCAGCUCUGGGCCUAGGACAGUACUGGCUCUCUGAGAGCAACUAGGCCUUUUGUCCUGGUACCUGCAGCCCUGUGGUCACAGCAGUGCUCUUGGACAGGGCACUAAGGCUGACCCUGAAGGAGUGGUGCUGCCAGGCGUGUCCUGGCUUUCUGGGGUGUACUGGGAGGAUCACCAAGACCCCCUUUUCUCGUGCCCUCUUGAAUCCAAGUGUCUAUGUAGCUUUGGAGACCGAGGGUCUGUGAAUAAAGGUGGGUGGCACUGGAA